AACCAUCGGUGGAUCUUCGUACAGGCUUCGCUUUAUAUCGGAAGGUAUCGUAAGCGUCGCGAGACGUGGCAAAUGCUUAGUGAAAAUGUCGUUUUUCGCGGAUUGCACCGUUGUUUUUUGCUCACAGUUCUUCUUCUUUGGAAUGGGUUGGAUGUUCUUCAUGAGAAGAUUAUUUAGGAACUAUGAAGUUCACCACAUGGCCGUUCAGCUGGUUUUCUCUUUGACAUUUUCUUUGUCGUGCACGAUGUUCGAGCUGGUCAUUUUCGAGAUUUUGGGAAUUCUAGAGAAGAGUUCGAGAUUCUUUCACUGGAAGCUCGGACUUUAUUCCAUGCUGUUUACUUUAAUCUUCCUCCUUCCCUUUUACAUAGCUUAUUUCCUGGUCAAGACACUGCGAUUUAUUCACCGAAGGAGAACUGUAGCGUUGUUGGCAGGAGCCUUUUGGAUUGCAUUUCUGUAUAUGUUUUGGAAAAUAGGUAAUCCCUUUCCAAUUUUGAGUUCUAAGCAUGGGAUAUUCUCUAUCGAGCAAGGAAUCAGCCGGGUUGGCGUGAUAGGUGUCACAAUGAUGGCCAUAUUAUCUGGAUUUGGUGCAGUGAACUGUCCUUAUACCUACAUGACAUACUUUAUGAGGCACGUGACUGAUGCAGACAUUCAAAAUCUCGAGAGGAGGCAGUUUCAAACAAUGGAUAUUAUCCUCAGUAAGAAAAAGAGAAUCGCACUUGCAAAGAGGGAAAGCCAGCGAUUUGCUGCAACAACACAGCAAAAGACAGGAAUUUGGAGCAUGCUCAGUGGUAUGACGGGAAGUAGUGCACCUGACACAAGCUAUCUCCAGAAGGAAGUAGACACUUUGGAGGAACUAAGUCGACAACUGUUCCUGGAAAUUGUAGAUCUGCAUAACACUAAAGAAAGAAUGGAGUUGUCUAAGACACUACAAGGAAAAUAUUUUGAUUUAGUCGGGCAUAUAUUUUCAGGAUACUGCAUCUGGAAAAUUUUCAUCUCUACUGUAAACAUUGUGUUUGACCGUGUUGGCAAGACAGAUCCUGUAACACGUGGUAUUGAAAUAACUGUCAACUAUCUUGGAUGGAAGUUUGAUGUGCUUUUUUGGUCACAGCACAUCUCGUUCUUCUUGAUUGGGAUUUUAAUUGUGACAUCAAUAAGAGGUCUUCUUAUUACACUGACAAAGUUUUUCAAUGCAAUGGCAAGCAGUAAGUCAUCGAACAUUAUCGUCCUCUUUUUGGCUGAAAUUAUGGGGAUGUACUUUGUAUCCUCAGUUUUGUUAAUGAGGAUGAACAUGCCUGGCAAAUACCGAGAGAUUAUUACAGAAGUACUAGGUGAACUUCAGUUCAAUUUUUACCAUCGAUGGUUUGAUGUGAUUUUCCUUAUAAGUGCUCUGUCUAGUAUUGGAUUUCUCUAUCUUGCUCACAAGCAAGCUCCUGAAAAACAUAUGUAUGACAAUUCCUUUUAGGAAUACAUCUGUUAAGAUCAGGAUAAUUCUUCUUUAAAUCCUGCUAUAAAUAAUAAUCAUACAGAAAGUUGUGUGUUGAACUCAAAAGUCAUCGGUCUGUUACAAAAAAAUUGCAUGGAGCUGUUUUAGACAGGGUUUUUUCUGGAUCUCCAAAUAACUUAGCUCUUUACAUGUAGGUUAUACAAGUAACAUGAUUUUCACCAAGAAAAUGUUGACUUAAGAAACUCAGUGGUUAUUUCACUCUUACCAAGCUGUCUCUUUGCCAAUGAAAGGAUAGGAUAUAAUCUUACUUGGAAUCUUUGUUUACAUAUUAUUUUGUCUUAUUUUCACAAGCACUUCAGUCUCUGAUUGAGCUAAGCUCCUCUGAAUAUUCAAACAGGUAUACGAAGAUUUAACUGUCCCAAGAAAUUUGAGCCUGAUGCAUAAAAUACUUUUAAUGUGGUGCAAUAUUUUACUUUACAAAGAAUUUACAGGCUCAUCAGUGCAUUAGUGUUAACAAUAUCUCACCAAGAGGUGAAAAUUUCACCCAAUAACUAAGUUUUGCAAGCCCUAUAAAAUGUUGGAGUGAUUCGAUCUCAAUGCAAAUUAGUAUGAAACCCAAACCCAGGUCGCAAAUUGUAACUGUUUAUGUCAGCAAAGAUUCCACUAUUUUUUGGAGACUCACUUCUUGUUUAGCAAGACCCAACACUAUGUCAUUGUAUGUACUUUCCAUACUAUACCAGAUCUCAAUAGCCUUGAUUGAAUAUGAUUUUAAGGCCACUAGAGUGACAAGUUCUUUUGAAAUCUGACUGAAAGUGACACUCCCAGAAGGUGUUUUUGCAACCAACAUGCACAGUCAUAAAUUACAUUGUACAUUGUGUUAAAUUCCAGAAGAUAACCAUAUCCCCUAUGGAAUAUUUUUUUGGUUUGACUUCCUCCCCCUUUCACUCCUCAAUUUCAGUCAGCUUCACACAGUUGAACCUGGUCAUCUCAAACUCAGUUAUCUUUAAGUCCUUGCGAUCCCUAACUCAAUUCAUUUACCCUGGGAUUUGCUUUUGUCAGUCAUUUAUCAAACCCUAUCUCAGGUCUGUCUCGAAUCCCCCUCUACCUCAAACACAUGGGACUUCACCUAAAUGAAACAAUUCACUAAGAUUUUAAUUAUAUGGAAUCCCUAGAUAUUAUUAUAGAUACAUGUAAAUUAUUUGUUUAUUCUAGUAGUCUGUAGAAUUAAAAUGAAAUAUGACAAAUGUAAAUGUCUGUGAAGAAAACAUUUUGGCUCCCAUCUGUUUCACACACACAGGUGCAAACAUCUCAGUCAGGCAAUUAGCUGUUUUAACAAAUGGUUCUUCUAUCACAUAAUUGUAUGUGAUAGAACAAAGUAUUGUAACUGAUCAGCCUGGAAAAUUCCAUUUUUUUUUCCAUGACUGUUUCUCCUGCUGCUUCAUUUCAUACGUUUCAGAGUAUAAUGGAUCGAUUCUUAAUUUUGUCUCAUUUACCAUUGUCUUCAUUGCGAUUAAAAGGCUGAUUAAAAGUUAUUGAGGUGUCAGUUAAUAAUUGGUACCUCUUGGGGUGAAACAAAUUUCAAGCCACACCCACAAAACAGGAUCUAAGUAACCAAAUAGUCAGA